AAGGGUAAAAGUGGGAUUGAAAUUUGGCGGUGACGUUUGGUUCAUCAAACCAUUCGAUUAUUGAGAUCUGAUAUUGUAUCUUUCCCUUAUCGCUUUGAUCCUUCCACGUCAAAACACCACCAUUACCAUUGGAACAAUUGGAAUGAGGGGGACACAUCAUUCUCGACUGUAGCUGUAAUGGCGCAACAAUUACUUCAGGAACCCUGGAACGGGAAGAAUGAGGUGUAUUUGAGUUACAGGCCGCAGACGCUUUUUGACGCGUCUUUCGAGGGGAGGUGUGGAAGGAUAUGGGUAUGUUUUUAUACUCGGGCGUUUUACCUUAUUCUCGCUCAGUUCAUGAGAAAUACAGAGCUGAUGUUUAUUAGGAUCCACUUAAUGCUAAAUUCGAAUCAUGUGUUCUUCCUUUUAUCUCAGCCAUUCCAGCAUUCAUCUCGAUAUGCAUAGUACUCGGAUACAUUUUACAACUCAUCCCUAAAUAUUCAAUUAGACCGAAAUGGUUGAGUACUUUCAUCAAAGAGACCGUGGAACAGGAUGACGAUUUACCUCGAAAAUCCAAGAAGCAUUUUACCGUCCUCUCAGGAUUGCUAUUCAUCGUAUCUGUUGUUGGAAUGUUUAUGCAAUUACCUACGAUUUUCUAUCCCGAUCUGAGAUUGGAAAUGAUAUUUCCUGCUGUAUCUUGGGCCACGUCCUGCAUUCUUAUCGCUGUUCUGCGACCGGCAACGACCCCAAAGGCUUUAUUAGUUUUACACACCAGUAUCCUGAUUUCUCAAUUCACCGUUUUGAUCAAUGGUUUCCCUGGAAUUGGAGAUCAUGAUGCACCCACCAUUAUGGUCCUACUUUGCGCCUCAACGGCGGUUUUGCUCAUUCUCCAAAUGCCACUACGAGAUCCUCAUCUUCCUCGAUUUAUGAUAAGUCCUGCUUUCGGCCCUGCAACCAGUGGACUUCGUACUCCAGAGGACAAUUUGACUCUUUGGCAAUUUAUGAGUGUAUCAUGGAUGAAGCCGCUGAUCAAAUUAGGGAACAACAGACAGCUUAAUGAUGAGGAUGUUUGGGACCUGGGCUAUCAAUUUCAGCAUCGAACGCUACAUGAUAGAUUUAGGGAGUUGCAAGGUUCAGUUCUGAGAAGAUUGAUUGAAGCGAAUGGGUUGGAUCUUUUUAUUAUAUCAGCGUUGGGGAUUUUGGAACUGGUAGCAAGUAAGUUUUGCCUCAACCCUUCAGUUUGGGAUCGAGAAUUAUGCUGAUGUAGAUGCUAGACUUUUCUACGCCGGUGCUGUUGCAGAAAAUCUUGCAGAGUAUGGAAAAUAACGAGGCACCAAGGAGUUCGACUUUGACUUAUGCUUUGUUGACCUUGGUGGCGAAUUUUGUCGAAGCGCAAUCUGGAGUUUUUACGCUUUGGUAUGGACGAAGAACCUACGAGAGAUCUCGAGGUGAACUAAUCACAAUGUUGUACGAGAAAACUCUGUCAAGAAAGAUGGUUAGUGUGAGUAGUAAAGCACGAAAUGAAACCAACGCGAAUGGCACUGUCGAUACAGAGGAGCCAAAGAAUUUGACUAUAUGGAAGAGAAUCAUCGGUCACUUCAAAAGUCCUUCAAAGGCGAAGAAGCAGGAGGAGGAGCAAGAAGAAGAGAGUCCGGAUGUGAAGAAAUCCUUGGAACAGGCCUCAAUGGGGAAAAUUAUGAAUUUGAUGAGGUACGAUUUGAUAAUUAUGCAUCCGGAAACAUUUACUGACACCAAAUGUAUAGAUUUGAUGCCUACGAAGUAGCACAAAGAUUUUGGGAAUUUUCUUCUCUCGUAUCUCAACCCCUGAGUCUGAUUUUAUCUGUCAUUUUGAUAUGGAGAUUGAUUGGCUGGCCAUGCCUCCUCGGAGUCGUGACGGUACUGUUUGCUCAAAUCAUCAGUGCUUUUAUCGCACGAACCUUACUAGCAUGGGAGAGAAAACGAAGAGUAGCAACCGAUAAGAAAAUACAUAAAAUCUCUCAGCUCGUUGAAGCGAUCCGACACUUACGCUAUUACAGCUGGCAGGAUGUAUGGCUGGCGCGGAUUAUGGAAUCACGACAAGCGGAAUUGACGCUUCGAGUAAUUUCCAGUUUAUGGAGACUUCUGAUUGAUUUCAUUGAUAUUCUCGCGAGUGGAAUGUUUCCGGUGGUUGCAUUCUGGGCGUACACUACUUUGGCCGGUAAACCUUUGACAGUCGAUGUCGCUUUCCCGGCAUUGCAGUUAUUUGUUCGAUUAGAGGUUGCUCUCCAGGAAAUACCGAAUCUCAUCACCGUUCUUCUGAAUGCUAGGAUUUCAAUGGCUCGUAUUGAAGAGUUUAUGAGCGAGCCAGACAAAGAGGAAGCCGAUAUGGCUCCAGGAACAAGGUCUACGUUGGAAAUGAAAAAUGCUACUUUUGCUUGGCCGGGUGCUACAGACCCUGUUUUGAAAGAUCUCACUUUAUCUUUCCCUCCAGGGUUGACUGUCAUCUAUGGCGAGGUGGGAACUGGUAAAACGGCUUUGCUGCAGGCUCUACUUGGAGAGUUGGACAAGUUGAGUGGCGAAUAUGAAAGAUCGAGUGAUAUUGUUGGGUACUGUGCUCAAACACCUUGGCUUCAGUCUAUGAGUAUAAGAGAGAAUAUCCUUUUCUCUUCGCCAUAUGAUGAGGCUCGGUACAAACAUGUUUUGGAUGUUUGCGCUCUUCUCCCUGAUAUGGCUGGUUUCAAAAACGGCGAUCUGUCUUUGGUGGGCGAAAAUGGUGUUGGUCUUUCAGGAGGACAGAAAGCUCGACUGUCCCUUGCAAGAGCCGUGUAUUCGCAAGCAAAGUUCUUAUUGCUGGACGAUCCUCUUUCUGCUCUGGACCAUCAAACGGCUUCAUCCAUCGUACGAAGAUGUAUUUCUGGGCCUUUACUUAAGGAUAGGACUACACUAUUGGUGACACAUCGCACUGACUUGUGUAUGCACAUCGCAGAUCAGUUGGUUCAAGUUUCCAAUGGUCAUGCCGAAGUCGUUGACCAUGAAGCUGUUGUCACUGACGAGCUUCGACGGGUACAUUCACAUGAAUCCGCCCACGAGGAAGCUCAGGGCGAGGAUGAAGCAGCUGCUACCCCGGAUAAAUUCAUGGAAGAUGAAUACCGGGCACUUGGAGGUGUCAAGUUCUCAAUUUAUUGGGAAUAUAUCAAAGCAGGAAAGCUGAAAUGGUGGUUUGUGCUUGUAUGUGGCUUGCUCUUAUACCGUCUUGCGGGCGUUGGAGAGACCUGGUUUCUAAAAGCAUGGGGUGAGGCUUACGGCGCUACAAAAGAAAUCAUCAAUUUCGAUGGACCACCUAGCAAAUUACCUGACCCUGAGAAGAAUAUCAAGCCUUGGCUUGUGGGCUUCCUCAUAAUUGCAGUGGUUCAGUCUGUUACAUAUCUGAUAUAUCAGAUUUUCAUGCUGGUCAUUGUUUAUCAAGGUGGAAAGAAUAUGUUUGAGAGGGUUAUGAGUCGCGUAACUCACGCCACGUUUCGAUUUUAUGAUGUUACUCCUGUCGGUCGAUUGAUGAAUCGUCUUACUUCAGAUAUCAACACUAUUGAUGGAAAUAUAAGCAGUCUGUUCCAAAGAGUUGCGAGGACUUCAAUUACAUGGAUCACAUCUGUUGUUGUCAUCGGUUCAGUUACACCAAUCUUCUUGGUCUUUGCAACUGGAUUGACAUUGGCAUUUGUGACUAUAUUUACCCACUUCCUUCCAACUUCUCAAAGUCUCCGUCGUCUCGAAAUGGUGUCUCUUACUCCAUUGAUCUCGAAUUUCGGGGAACUUGCUACUGGUUUAACCAGUAUUCGAGCAUUUAAAGUCUCUCUACUUUUCCAACAACGUGUCAUCACUGUCACAGAUGCUUUCCAGAAAAUGGAUCAUUUCUAUUGGAGUUUACAGGCUUGGUUGAUGUAUCGCUUUGACAGUUUAUCGGCCGUUUCCACAUUUCUCUUGACUGCGUUGGCUGUUUUUACAGGUGUAUCACCUGGUCUCACUGCUUUCGUUCUUACCGCAGCUUCAAGAUUUGUUUCCUCGACGCAUGCGUUAUGUCGACAAUACGGCCAGCUGCAAAUGGAUUUCGUCUCGGUAGAACGUGUUGUUGAACUUCUCCACCUUGACCAGGAGCCUCCCGGUGACACCGAACCGCCAGCAUACUGGCCAUCUAUGGACGGGGAUAUUGUAUUUGAGAAUGUCACCAUCAAAUAUGCACCUCAUCUCGAGCCUGCACUCACAGAUGUGUCUCUCACAAUAAAAGGGGGCAGCACGACAGCACUUAUAGGCCGCACCGGUUCCGGAAAGAGUACACUCGCACUUUCUAUUCUAGCCACCACUCUCCCCUCCUCAGGAAGAAUCCUGAUAGACAAUAUCGACAUCUCAAAGGUGUCCACUGAAGCCCUGCGUAAACGCAUCACUUUCCUCGCUCAAGAACCAAUUCUCUUCCCAGGUUCCAUGCGCCUCAACCUUGAUCCACUCUCCGAGUAUACGGACGUCGAAUGUCUCUCCGUCCUCAAGAAAAUGGCGGAUAAACAUAAGUGGGAAUUAGAUAUGCAUAUUGAUACUGGGGGUAGGAAUUUGAGUCAGGGACAGAGACAACUUGUUGGACUUGCCAGGGCUUUGUUGAGGAGGAGUGCCAUUGUGGUUAUGGAUGAGGCUACCGCAAGUAUUGACCUUCAAACAGCGGGGAAGAUUCAAGAUGUCUUGAGGAGGGAGAUGAAAGGGAGUACGGUGGUUGUUAUUGCGCAUCGUGUGGAGGCUGUUGGAGGCGCGGGUGCGUGUGUUGUACUUGAUAAGGGACGAAUUGUUAGGAGUGGGGAGGUAGGCGAGGGUGGUGUUGAGGGGAUUGGAGACGUGGGAGAGAUGAUUGAGUAAGGAUAAGGGUUUGAAGGUAAUAUUGUUGGGCGUUUUGGGCAUCAAAAAUUGUGAAACGAGAGGCUGGUCGCCCAGACGAAUCAAUGAAGAUACGAGAUCACUGCACCGCAGAAGCUUGUUUAACUGCUUAUCUCUUGCUUUAUAAAUGUUAUAGAUGUCAUUCGAGCAUAGUUGGGAAUAUCAAUGCAUCGGGCUCAGUAGUCUUGUAAUAAUUCUUCUCGGAAAGCUUAAAAACCCGG